GACAAUCAUGACAUUAAAGUUGAAGGCUUGAAGGUGACGGAAUGUGCCUAAAUUAUAAAAUCAAAAUUAAAUUUUUCGUAGAUGGUAGAUGAAGAAACAGAAACUGUUUUAUAAAUAAAUGUUAGGUUGUACAAAAAAUAUUUUAGUUAAGUAAUGUGUGGUGUGCUAACUAAACUGAUAAGAAGUCGUAUUUUUUGUAAUAGAUUACCUUUUCAUUUAAAAGUUACAUCAGUAUCUCGGAGUAUCAACAUUUGCACCACAAUGUUCAAGUCCGCAGUAUUUGAUUUGGAACAUGCAGAAAAAGAACAGGUUAAGGAGUUUCUCAAUUCUUUUGACACUGUACUUAGUGAUUGUGAUGGAGUAUUAUGGAUCGACAAUAACGCUAUUCCCGGAUCUGCAGAUACCAUGAAUUACUUUCGGAAGAUCGGAAAACGAGUAUUUUUCGUAACCAAUAAUUCUACGAAGAUUCGUAGUGACUUCGCACUCAAAGCCCAACAGUUGGGUUUCAUUGCUGAUGAGAAAGAAAUUUUGUCUACAUCAUACUUGGUUGCGCACUACCUCAAAAGUAUUGGAUUUAAGAAGAAAGUUUACUUGAUUGGAUCAAAUGGGAUUGGAGAUGAGUUGAAUGCUGUGGGCAUAAAGCAUGUUGGAGUUGGACCAGACCAUGUCAAACCUGAUUUCAAGUCACUGAAGCCCACUGAUCUGGAUUCUGAAGUUGGUGCGGUUGUUGUGGGAUUUGAUGAACAUGUCAGCUAUCCGAAAUUUAUGAAGGCUGCCUCAUAUCUGGCUUCUGAAGAUUGCUUGUUUGUUGCCACAAAUACUGAUGAACGGUUUCCAAAAUCCAGUUCAAUAAUUGUCCCUGGCUCAGGUACAUUGGUCAGAGCGGUGGAAACAUGUUCGGAGAGAAAAGCAUUGGUGCUCGGUAAACCUAAUGAGUAUAUAAGAAAAUAUCUAGAAUCUUGCGGUUUGAAUCCAGCAAGGACUUUGAUGAUUGGCGACAGAUGUAAUACAGAUAUAGAAUUUGGUGUUCGCUGCGGCUUCCAAACUCUCCUUGUGUUGACCGGUGUAACUUCAACGAAGGAUUUGGAGAAGAUUCGCAAAGAGCAAAUAGCGCCAUUGCCCGAUGUCGUACUACCAAAGUUGGGAGAUUUAUUAAAAAUAGUCGAGUCCUAGUACAAAUACAUGUUAAGAGAUUCUAGAUCAUUGUACUGUUAAUUAACAGUAUGUACGUUAGAAUUAAAUAGAGCAAUUAACAUCAAAUUGUGAUAUUUAUAUUAGGUAUCCAGUUUUUACACAUUUCUUUUUAAGUAGGUUUUCUAUUUUUAUCAAGUUUAUUUUUGAUGUGAUGUGGCUCUUCUAUUUAUGUGGUAUAGUUUAUUUAAUAUAUCAAUGUUAAAUCAU